AUGGAAUGGGACAGUGAUUCCAAUCUCAGCUGCGGAGAUGAGGUGGCUGAUGACGGCUCGGCGGAGACAGUGGAACGAUUCAGAUUCCGGCGAAUAGUCUUCCGACGCCGUUUAGUGUCUUCUUCUGGGUUUCUUGGAGCCAAGUCUGUGGCUUUCAGGCAAGUCCUUAUCAUCUCUAAUCUCUUUAUUGUAAUGGUCUAUGCUUAUUCUUAUCCCUUUCUAACCAUUUUCAUCAGGACACAUAUGUAUGGGAGGACGGUGAUGAUCGCAGUUGAUAAAAUUCCAGUGUAUGAUUCUGCAGAAGACGAGCUUACAUCUGAGCCUCCUAACUUAGGAGUCCUAAGAAUGUCGACUAGAUAUCUUUUUGUUGCUUGGAUUUUCUGUCCUUGA